CGUUCGUCUACUCUUGCGCUUGGUGUGUUUUCUUAGGAUUUCGAUUUUUUUUUCGUUUUUGCACAAGAAUGAUCAACGCAUGAUUCGGAUUCCGGGAUAGAGAAUCCAUGGCUACUUUCAAUGUUCUUUGUAGCAAUCGAUUUCUAUUCAAAGGUGGUUAUUCUCCGGAGAAAUCUAUUAGAAAGUUGUCUUCCAGGAGUAGUGAGCUUAAUGUUUGUGUAGCUAGAACCAGGAAUCAAUCGUUUAGUUGCAGGAGACUUGGUGGAACCAGAUUAGGGGUUAGAGUUCUUGGCAAUUGUCGAGAUGGGUUUGUUUGUAAUAGCGAGAUUAAGCGACUUGUGAGUGGUGAUUACGGAGAUAAAGAGACUCGUAUUGGUGAAAAUGGUACAAACAAAGGGAAGAGAAGAAGGUUUUCUCUUAGGCUUCGACCUCGAUUACGAUUAGUGAGCAUGGGGCUUAGGAGAUUCGAUUUUAGAGCAUCAAUGGAAGAUUUUCGAUUCUUUUUGAAAAAGAAUAUCAAAAGAGUGAUCUUAUCCACUGGUGUGGCUUUAAUCUUUGGAUUGUGUUAUUUGUUCUUGAGGUUAACUGCUGUUCCGUCUCCAUCCAUUGUUCCUUACUCAGAUUUCGUAACGAAUCUUCGAGGUGGUUCUGUUUCCAAGGUUUUGCUCGAAGAAGGCUCUCGUCGAAUCUAUUACAACACUGAUGAGAAUGUUGAGGUUGUUGAUGAUGUUCACAAGUCUGAAACUUUAGAAGAUCCGGCAAUCCAAAUUGAUGGCGGCACAGUGACAGAAGCUGUUACGAAAGACGAUACUCUGCGAAAGGUUCGAGCUUUGACUCCUGUGUGGAAGUAUGUGACAAGAAAAGUCGAUCAUGAUGAGAAGUUUCUUCUUAGCUUAAUGAGAGAGAAAGGCAUUACUUAUAGUUCAGCUCCUCAAUCUGCAUUGAUGUCAAUGAGAACUACUUUGAUAACAAUCAUCUCUCUGUGGAUUCCUUUGACACCUCUUAUGUGGCUUCUUUAUCGGCAACUCUCAGCAUCUAACAGCCCUGCGAAGAAACGACGGUCUAAAAAUCCCACUGUUGGCUUCGAUGAUGUUGAGGGUGUUGAUUCUGCUAAAGACGAGCUCGUGGAGAUAGUCUCAUGUCUUCAAGGAAGUAUAAACUACAAAAAACUAGGAGCAAGAUUACCGAGAGGUGUGCUUUUGGUCGGUCCACCAGGGACCGGUAAAACCUUGUUGGCUCGGGCUGUAGCUGGAGAAGCGGGAGUUCCAUUUUUCUCUGUCUCCGCUAGUGAGUUCGUUGAAUUGUUUGUUGGAAGAGGCGCAGCGCGAAUCAGAGAUCUUUUCAAUGCAGCCAGGAAAAACUCACCUUCCAUUAUAUUCAUUGAUGAGCUUGAUGCGGUUGGAGGAAAACGCGGUAGGAGUUUCAACGAUGAACGUGACCAGACGUUAAACCAGUUGCUUACUGAGAUGGAUGGAUUCGAGUCAGACACGAAAGUCAUCGUAAUUGCUGCAACUAAUCGACCAGAAGCGUUAGACUCGGCUCUUUGUCGGCCUGGAAGGUUCUCUAGAAAAGUUGUGGUUGCAGAACCAGACCAAGAAGGCCGUCGGAAAAUCUUGGCCGUACAUCUGAGAGACGUUCCUCUAGAAGAAGAUGCAUUUCUCAUAUGUGAUCUGGUUGCUUCUUUAACUCCCGGAUUUGUAGGUGCUGAUCUGGCCAAUAUUGUCAAUGAAGCUGCAUUGCUCGCUGCUCGUAGAGGCGGAGAAGCGGUGGCACGGGAAGAUAUAAUGGAAGCUAUAGAGAGAGCGAAGUUCGGGAUCAAUGAUAAGGAAGUGAGGCCAAGGACAUUAGGAAAUGAGCUCAGCAAGAUGUUCCCAUGGAUGCCAUCUUUGGCUAGAAGAAACGGACCAGAUCAAGACGGUUUACAAGGACCGUUAGGUUAUCAAACUCUCAGCUAAACCAAACCAAGACAAACCUGUUAGAGAGCAAAUCCAUUGAUACCAAGUUUUUGUGUCUGAAAUUUUUGGAAAUGUACGUUUUUUUGUGUUUACAUUGCAAAGUCAAUUGCUUUUUGGUUCGUAGUACCUUCCAAUUUGACAAAUCUCUAAAAUAUAUUAAUAACCUAAUUGCUCUUUU